CGGUUCGGUUCGGUUCGAGAAAAACACGAACCGAUCCCAUCUCUGCUGCAGACAGUUCUUUUUUGUGAAAAACAUUUCUACUGGAUGAAUCAUUUUGUGAACAAGAUAGUAGUUUCAUUCAUACUCGUGCUUAGUUUUAUAGAUCUUAGAUAAUGAAAGAGUAAAAAAAAUGAAGUUCUCUCUCAAGAUAAAUUUUGUACCCAGGGGGAAAAAAUGGAUCCUAUGGAUUUCGAUAGAUCCUAAAGAGUCUCAAGGAUCCAUCUGGAGGGUAUGGAAGCUGGUGAACGUGAGGAUUUAGGAGCAGUGAUCCUAUACCGAAAUGUUGAAUAUUACGACAUCAGCUGUGGGUGUGGAUGUGAGUGUGGUGUGCGUGGAUGUAUCUUAUUUAUUACACUUACACCCAUGUCCACAUCUCCACAUGACACCUACACCCUCAAAAUCUUUCCCGAUUUUCAGGUGUAGCAUCUGGCAUCUCUGAUUACAAUAUGCUUUCAUAUUCAAUUUUACUCGAUGUUUAUUUCAUGAAAAAAAAAUUUGAAAUAUUAUUGGUAUACUAAUAUACCAUCUUGAGAGUAUGAGUGUUUGUGAUGGUUAUUAAUUCAGUAUUUUUUGUUUGUUUUCUGUAAAUCAGUGGUCAUUAGCAAAGUUAUGACGUUUCUUUUUCAUUUUAGUGAUUAUCAUAAGAAUAAAACCGAGAUUUUGUGAUUUCUUACAUAUUCUUUCAUUUUUUUUCAAUGUAAUAUUUGUAUAGAUAAGCACGUAAAUCUUAAAUGCUUUCUUUUAUAUUCAUUUUUAUUGUCCCUUUAUAACUAGGUUGACAAUCACGGAAAAAAAAGAAUAAGGUCACAUUUUAAAUGUUCAGCAGGCUGGGAUAAAAGGGAAUAUCUAGAGUGAUCAGGAAGAUAGAAUAUUAACGAAAUAUAACUUGAACAACAGUGACAUCUUUAUUUAUAUAAAGGAGCAAAAGAUCAAGACACAUAAUUUGACAGUACAGCUGUCCAUAGAAGAAAAAGAGAGAGAAAAACAAUUCUCAGUUUAAUUUCAUAUUACAUUACAUUCAUCUCUUUUACAUUUAGAUUUUCAGAAAAUGUAAUCUAUCAUUAGUAUUAUUAUAAUUUAUUGUCUUUUAGAUAGUAUGGAGUCGAUGUCAUCGGAAAGUUAUUCCCAACAGGAAAAGGAACAUGUUAAAGACAUCAUCCCUCAAUUACUUCAAUUGGUAGCUGAAACAGAUCCUAUACUUCAUAGUCCAAUAGAAGAAAUGUCAUUAACAGACAUUUCCAGUGAUGAAACAAAACAAAUUGUAGCAAAUAUGGUUUAUUCAAUUCGACCACAACAGUUACAACGUGCAAAUGCUCCAUAUAGCAAAGCAGCAGGCAUGGCCGCAAAUCAAUGGAAUAUAAAUAAGAGAAUAUUUCUCUUUUGUCCAACUGGUAGUGAUGGAGAUAUAAAGGUUAUAUUUAAUCCAACUUAUAAACCAAUUACACUAUCUCAAGAUUCUAUAAACGCAUUGGAGGCAGCAACUUCUAAUCCAACGACAGACUUUUGCAGAGAAGGCUGCUUUAGUGUUUCAUAUGCAUAUGGAAUGGUAGAACGAUAUAUGGACAUUGAUAUUAGUUAUGUUGAUGAUAAAGAUAUUCAACAUAUGAACGAGAAAUUAUCGGGUUGGCAAGCUAGAGUAUGGCAACAUGAAACAGAUCAUUUAAAUGGAAUAUUAUAUUCAAACAAACAAUCAGGAAUUAACAAGGGACCAAACUGCACCGAAUUACAUAGAUUUCAAAACAAAGAUGAAUUUGAAAAAAAUUAUCCGAAAUAG